AAAUGCAAAGAUUUAAUAGGAACCUGAGAGGUAACACACAGAGGGUAAUGGGUGCAUGGACAGAGCUGCCAGAGGAAGUGAUUGAGGCAGGUGCAGUAAAAGCAACAUUUAAAAGACAUCUGGACAGAUAAAUGAAUAAGAAAGCUUUGGCCAGCAGGGUAGCAGCGACCUGCUGGCUACCCUGCUGAAAAUCACAUGCAAUCCUGCUGCAGAUUUAACUUUAUCCCCCCUCUGUUGCAGGACCGGUGCCCGUCCAUCUGGUGAAUGGGAACAACAUGUGCUCCGGGAGAGUGGAGGUCUAUCAUAACUCCACCUGGAGCACCGUCUGCGGCAAGAGCUGGGAUAUCAAAGCGGGGAACGUGGUCUGCAGGGUGUUGAAUUGUGGGACGGCCCGGUUAGUAACAACUGCUGUCUCCAACGGAGUGGCCACUGGGAACAUCUGGCUAGAGGGGGUGAAGUGUAACGGGACAGAGCGUGCCCUCGACCAGUGUCCUGCCAGCCCUUGGAAGGUGAAUAAUUGCACACACGGAGAGUUCGCUGAAGUCUCCUGCUCAGGUCCGGUGCCCGUCCGUCUGGUGAAUGGGAACAACAUGUGCUCCGGGAGAGUGGAGGUCUAUCAUAACUCCACCUGGGGCACCGUCUGCGGCAGGAGCUGGGAUAUCAAUGCGGGGAACGUGGUCUGCAGGGUGUUGAACUGUGGGACGGCCCGGUCAGUAACAACAGCUGUCUCCUACGGAGAGGCCACUGGGAACAUCUGGCUGGAUGGGGUGACGUGUAACGGGACAGAGCCUGCCCUCGACCAGUGUCCUGCCGGGCCAUGGGGGGUGAAUAACUGCACACACGGAGAGUACGCUGGAGUCUCCUGCUCAGGUCCGGUGCCCGUCCGUCUGGUGAAUGGGAACAACAUGUGCUCCGGGAGAGUGGAGGUCUAUCAUAACUCCACCUGGAUCACCGUCUGCGGCACGAGCUGGGAUAUCAAUGCGGGGAACGUGGUCUGCAGGGUGUUGAACUGUGGGACGGCCCGGUUAGUAACAACAGCUGCCUCCUAUGGAGAGGCCACUGGGAAUAUCUGGCUGGAUGGGGUGACAUGUAACGGGAAAGAGCCUGCCCUCGACCAGUGUCCAGCCAGCCCAUGGAGGUUGAAUAACUGCACACAUGGAGAAUACGCUGAAGUCUCCUGCUCAGGUAAGAUUCAGGAGGAUUUUACCAGGAGUGAAAGGUUUGAGUUAUGGGGUAAAAUCAGAGCAGUUAAUAGAUGGCAAACAGGAGGAUAG